GGAAAUAAGGCGGAAACCGAGAUGUGGGAAAAUUUCUGAAAAGACUCACACAGAAACAUUGCCAGAAAUUAGGACAGACCAAAGCGAAUUUGCUGGACACAAAUACCAUUUAACAAACAAACGAGAGAAAUUCGAGUAGAAUAGGGUGAUUUCAAAAGUUCAAGUAAAUAAAGACGUUCCGAAGUAUUUGAACUGGUGUUUCGUAGCUGCGUCAAUAAAAGAGUAUUGAGUACAUCAGGAGUUUCGUAGCUGCGUCAAUAAAAGAGUACUGAGUACAUCAGGACAAUUUCCUAAACUUCUUCAUCCAUGAAUUUUGGUCCAACUUGCGUACGGAGACCGUCAGGGUCGACAGUCCUACUUCUCUUACUUCUGGCUACCCGUCCUUUCUGGGUAAUGUCCGGUUAGCUGUCAGGAAAGAGUUAAGGUUUGACGAUGAAAUUCUAGCAAAUUAAAGUCUACACAAUAGUGAUUUUCACACCUUUCUAAUGCAGAACUCAACUUCCGCUGAUGACUCAAGCCCCAAGCGCACCGAAAACCCUAAACGCGUGAACACAACUGAUUCAUCAUACGUUUGUCUCUCCAUUCUACUCUAUGUCCAGCAUGAAUAAUACUGAGCGCUCACAGAAUGUUAAAAAGGAUGUCUGCGCGAUUGGGUCCAAUUCGCUGUACCGCAAAAGCCAUCGCCGCAAAAGGACAACAUUUACACACGACCAGCUUCAACUUAUGGAGGCGUACUUCCAUAAUAACCGGUACCCAGGAAUCGAGCAGCGGGAGGGGCUGGCAGAGAAGAUUCAAGUUAGUGAGAGUCGCCUACAGGUGUGGUUUCAAAACCGACGAUCAAAGUGGCGCAAACAUCAGAACAACAACCUCUUGCAGCAAAAUCGACACCACUCAUCACUAAAGCAGUGUUCGUGGCCUUCAUUCUCGGGGGACAGCGGUCUCAUGCGCAGACCGUCACCGAGCACCUCAUCAGCACAUGGGCCAUGGAGGACACCUCUGAUGGAGCACCCACUAGUACCAGGAGCUACCGCUUGCACUUCUAUCUCUCUAAAAGAGGGCUCAUAUUUCUACCCAGAGCCUCAAAUACCUACUUGGUACUCGACAAGAAAUUCCCUUGUCCCCUCUCCUAAUGACGGGUAUCCUGUGGACGCGGAGACGAGAGACCCAUCCUCCUCUCUUGAGUUUUUGCACGGCAAUGCACGCCGGUCCAUGGAUGAGCUUUUAGCGGCUAAGGGCCUUGUUAGCGUCUGCGAGGGAAGUGUUCAGACACAAAACACAAAUUCCACUUGAGACGUCUUCAGGUCGGAACACUUGGAAUCAGAAGAGCUCUUGAAGACCCAGAAGCAAAAAUAUAUUACGCAAGAACUAUUCUCACGCGAUUUUUUUAGUUGGAAUUUCUAUUGAUAAAUGAACAUGGAGACACCUACAAAUUUAUAACUUAGAAUUGUUCUGUUUUUCAAAUAUGUAAGAUUUUAAAGAAAAUGAUUAAGAGUACUUAUGAUCACAUAUCAAUAUUUUUGUGCUUGUAUUUAAUACCUUUACGGAUAAAAAGUAAUAAAUGCAUUUUCCUAA